UCACUGCUGAAUCCGAAUGCAUCAAACUCGGUCCUAACCGCGCGGACCAUUCAAAAAUUUUUAGGGUUCUCCAUCCUCGCUUCGCAGUAUACCCGAGCCGUGCAAAACGUGGGCCCCAACCGUCACCUUGUGCGAGAAAACCAGGCUGCUCCGCUCAUGAGGACCUUUCCAGAACCACAUAUGUCUUCGUCGUGCCCCUUCUGUCAUCUUACUAUUCCGUUACUAGAGCUUGAAUGGCACGUGAAUGAUCACCUUGUGGAGGAAGAACUUGCUAGGGACAUGGAUCUGGCGCGACAGAUUGCAUCAGCCCCAAGUCCUCCUAGAGUCAUCGCUGUGCCUGAUAAAGAAGCAGAAUCAUUUGACUUUUAUUCGGGAGAGGCUCUGGAAAGUAGUACCUCCAGGUCUAAUAGCAAUGCAAAUGAUUAUGGAGAAACCCGUGUUCAAGAAAAGAUAUCUUGUUUAGUUUGUUUGCAACUUAGUAGCACUAUCCACAAAAUAGAAGGUGGUCUAAUGCUCUUGCUGAGGAAGUGCUUGGAAAUGGAAAGUGGAAAAUCAAGCAAUAUAAUAUCUGGUCAUGUUGAUCACUUUCAGAGUAUCGAAUCAGAAGACUCAGGAUGGGGUUGUGGAUGGCGUAACAUUCAAAUGCUAAGCUCUCAUUUGUUAAUGCAAAGACGAGAAGCAAGGGAAGUUAUGUUUGGUGGUUCAGGAUUCGUUCCAGAUAUCCCUUCACUCCAAAGAUGGCUUGAAAUUGCUUGGGAAAUGGGUUUUGAUAUGACCGGUUCAGACUCAUUCAACCAUAAAGUUUAUGGCUCGACAAAAUGGAUUGGGACUACUGAGUGUGCCUCACUGUUUCGCUCUUUUGGGCUUCGGGCAAGGAUAGUAGAUUUUGGUAGCAAAGCAGUGGGAUCCUCAUCAUCAUCUGUUCAUGAUAAUGACCUGAGGACACAAGGAAUCAAACUCAAUAGUAGAGGCAAGAGGACCGGGGAUCAGGUUUAUGGACCUAUGGACAAGUUUUUGCAAGUGGAUCCUAUCAAGCAUGGAAAGUAUAAAAAAGCUGAUAUAUGGAGUGGCGCGGAUUUAACUGCUUGCACUCACGAGAAUAACCAUGGAAUUGCAGAUCAUGAUAAAUUAAAUAAUCAUCUGGUAAAGAAGAUCGAUAGGCACCAGUGCCUUGUUGACUGGGUAUGGAGUUACUUUACCGACAAGGGUUUCAGUAGAUCAGACAAUUCUGAACGCGUCAUUGUUAGUGAGAAAACGCCUUUGUACUUUCAGCAUGAUGGUCAUUCAAGAACCAUUGUUGGGAUUCAAAUCCAAAAGGGACCAGAUGGAAUGCCGGAACGGCACUCACUUCUAAUUUUAGACCCUGCCCACAGAACAUCAGCUUUGGAAAGAUCUCUUAGAGAAAACUCUGGAUGGCAGAAGCUUAUAAAAAGAGGGGCGCACACAUUGAAGAAGCCUCAGUAUCAGUUAUGUUUUGUUGAUCCGGGAAUUGCCCAUGGAGCAGAGAUGGACCAGCUGAAGACUUUAGAUAGCAUCUACUUUGAGUUUUAAAACUUGAACCCCAUAUUUUCGUUGAGAUAUUGUCUCUAAUUGAGGAACUAAAGAGAAGAGGCUCUUGCUGUACAAAUCCUAUUUGGGUUCUCAACCAUCUCAGGUUAAAACUUUUUAUGUCCUUUCGGUCGAUCAGGAUCCUUCCUUUGCAAGGAUCAUAGAACCUUAACAGAAGAGCCAAAACAGAGGAUUUCCCUGCUCCGCUAGGCCCAACUAGUGCCACCUUCAACCCAGCUUCAAUUGAUAAAGUGAAAUUGCUUAGUACAGUCACUUCUGGCCUUGAUGGUUUGCCGAUCGAGGGUCUCAAAUGCAGGGGUUAGUACACUGAUGGCUGAAAUGACUGUGGGGAUCAGUGUCCAUAGCUCUGUGAUUGAAGGAACUGUGAGUGAGAAAAUCUGGUAUGAUCUUAUCCCAUCCUCAAAAGAGGCUUGAUUCUUAUGUACCAAAAUGGUAGUGUACCAUAAAGCAAUGGCGUGAGCAAUGUUCCAUAAGCAAAGAGAUAACCCUUGAACAAUCCCAUACUUGAGGCAUUGUUUCCUUUUCAUCCUCAUUGGUUUUUUCAGAGAGAGCUUGGCUUUCUUGAGUAUUUGCUCUUCGUGAGCGAAAGAGGCCACAGUUCUAAUGUUGGUUGUGGACUCGGAUGCAAGAGCAACGAGAUCUUGAUGAGCAACAGAGGAGUCUCCUGCAAAUCCCCUGGCUGACUUGGCUUGAACCAGGCCGCCAAUAAAGUGGCAAGGCAUGACGGCCCAGGCAACUAGGCCCAUUCUCCAGUUGACAAUCAUGCUGACCGUGGUUGCAAUUAGAAUUGAAGAGAUACAUUGGACGAUGAUUGCCAUGCGGUCAGAGAUUAUGGUUUUGAUCAUGGUGGUGUCAUUGAUGAUCCGUGAUGUGAGGAAGCCCACGCCGUUUUCAGGUUUCUCAAACCAGGCUAUCUCAUUGCGAAGUACAGCUGCAAGAUUUCAACAACAUUGAGCAAGAUACGAUCAGCAUACCUGUGGAUGGGUCAUAGAACCUCUGCAUUAGGGAAAUCACAGUGCUCUUCCCACACCCACUGCUGCCCACUAAAGCCACCACCUUGCCUGCUGGGAUUGACAAAGAAAACCCUCGUAGAAUCACCUUAUCAUUGCGGGAUGGGUAUGAGAAAUAUACUCCACGGAUGUCGAUAUUUCCACUGAUAGUCUCCAGUUCCUUUCCUUUUGUUUCAUAGCUUAUGCUUGACUCUCUUUCAAUCACUUGAAAAACUUCACUUCCUGCAACCUUUGCCUGAU